AUGAGGGGAAUCCUGUUACGGACGUUCACGAGUCACACCGACAUCCAACUCGGACGCCUUAACGGGACCAACGUCAGUGUGAUCGAGAUGGCUCCGGCGGACGUGCGCACCGACCUCAACGCCGCCGUCUGGCUGACACGGUUUGACCGAGUUUUCGGCUCUAAAAGGUCGUUGCCGACCUCACUGAGCCAUUCAAUCGGUGGUAGCGACGGGCGGUCGUCAAGAGCACACCGGCGCUCUUCGUCAAGAUGUAAGGUCAACGGCAACCUCGUCCCCAAAUUCGGCGGUAAUCUCCUCAAGCGGGAGCCUAUCGGUUUCUGGUAG